AUGCAGCAGCAGCACAUGGUCGCGGCGUGCAAGCCCCCCCACGCCGUGCGGCGGGCGGCGCUCCCGCUGCCCGGGCCGUCGCUCCGACGAGCUUUCCCUUGCAAUCCAGCGAGGGCGCGAGAGGCGGUGAGGACGAGAUGCCAGGAAGAGAAGCAGAGCGGUGAUGGCGGCGAGAAGAAGAAGCAGCAGGAGCAGGAGAAGAGGACGUUCCUGAGCCUGGAGGAGGCCGGGCUGGUGGAGAUGUCCGGGCUCAGCACCCACGAGCGCUUCCUCUGCCGCCUCACCAUCUCGUCGCUGAACCUGCUGCGGGUGAUCUCGGAGCAGGAGGGGGUGGCGAUGGAGGAGCUCAACGCGGGGCGGGUGUGCGACUGGUUCCUCAAGGACAAGCUCAAGCGGGAGCAGAACCUCGACACCGCCGUCCUGCAGUGGGACGACCCCCCGCCCAUCUGA